AUGGCCACUUCUUCUUCAACUCCAUCAACUAAGAUUCCUCCGUUCAUGUUCAAGAAUCUUCAAAUCGUUGGAAACGAGAUGGAAUUCCCUGAAUCUCAACUCACUCUACUUCCUGAGAAGAUGACCGACUUCGAAAGUCUUAAGGCAAAUGGAUUUGAUGUAAAGCCUUACUUUUCUGCUCAAGGUUGGGAUAGAUACUUUGAGAUGCUUAAUGGUCCUAUCUAUCCAAAUCUUUUGAAGAAAUUCUGGAUGAAAGCAAGAGUUUUUACUAGGGCUGAAGCUAAGCAAGAAGAACUUGCAGCUAUUGAAAGGGAUCCCAGCUUGAAGGGUAAAACCAGAAAAGAAAUGGGUUUAUUGGAGUUUACUGGUACACAGAUUAGGUCAAACGUCUGUGGUAUCAAUCUCACAUUCUCUAAGAUUCAUUUCAACGCUCUUCUGGGUUUGGAAAACUCUGGGUUGGUCUUAGACAAGUAUGAGAAGGAUACAAGGUUUAGAGAAGAUCUUCUGCAUAGGAUUUGUGUGGAUAUGACGCUGAAGGGAAAAGUUAAAGGUUUAACGGAUGAGUGCAGAGUUUUAUUCAAGAUCAUUUUGUCCUCUAUCAGUCCAAGAGUAGGUGGCACUGAUACUAUCUCCUGGACUCAUCGACAUCUGAUCUACGUUCUUCUGACUGAAAGGAAAGUAAAUCUGGGCGACUAUUUCUUUGAGAGGAUUUGUGAAGCCAUCUUCUUAAGCAAAUCUCAGAGGAAAACAACUAUUGUUUAUCCUAGACUGCUUUCAGAUCUUCUCUUUCAAGGUCGCAUUGUAGGAAGUCUGAAGAAGUUCUACCCAGAACUUGUGGCUUGCAAGAUUACUCCAGAAGUCAUGACUGGUAGUUUUCUGACAAAGAUGCAUCUGAUCAACACCAAAGUGGUUCAACCGGCUCAAGAAUUUUCAGUUCGUCUUGAAGAUAGGUUGUAUGUGGAUGGUUAUCCUCUAAUCUCUGAAUUGGAUGCUGAGCACAUCAUUCAGGAUUAUCUGAAGGAUCUAAAGGCUGAAGGAUUUGAUGUCACUAGGGAGAUGAUUCCAAAGGCUCCAGUGAACAUGUACAAUCCUAAGAGGAAAUCCAAGAGGAAAGCUGAUACUCAAGAAGAUCAAAGAACUAAGAGGAAACACGAAGAUGCUGCUGACAAGGUUGCUGAAGCAUCAUCUAAAAACACAAUCAUUCUUGAUGAGGAGGAAAAUGAAUCAGAUGAGACUCAAUCUGAUGAUGAGACUGAGUCUGAUGAAGAAACUCUUGGUGCCAAGCUGCAAAAGAAACAAGUUCCUGACUCCAAAGGACCUUCAGAGGCAGAUGUUGUUAUCAUUGACAACCCUGCUUCCGAAUCACCAAAACACUCUACCAUUCCCUAUAUCUCUCCCACACCCUCUGACCUUUUCGGUAACCUUUCCAAUCAGCUUUAUAAUGAUCUUCUUAGGUUGUCCGAGAUUAAAAACAGGUUCUUGGUAUGUCCCUCUGAUGUGGAUGCUGAAGUUUCUUCUAUCAAGGCCAAGGUCUGUCAUGAUCUGGAUUUGGUUGGCGAAGAUAUUAAGGCUGUGGUUAAUAAGAGGGAUCUGGAGGUGGUGAAUUUGAUGAGAGAAGGUCUUGCACGGGUCAGUCGAAAGAGGUUAACCAUGUUUAAUCAUGAGGAAACUGAGCGUGCCCGGAUUGCUGCUGUGACUGCUAGAGAAACUGCUGAUGAGGUGCUUCUGAAUGUGUUUAAGAAUUGCUGGGUGGAUUCAAAGCUGUUUAAGAGUUUAGAAGCUCAGAUGACUGAAUCUGAACGACUUGCUCAAGUCACUGAGGAGAUUGCUCAAGAGGCUGCAACUUUGCAUCAGGAAGAUGUUCUUAUGCUUGAGGCUGGUGAAUCUUCCUCUGGUAUAGCACAGGCUCCAGUGGAUGCAGAUCAACUACGGGUUUUACAAGAAGCUAUUGAGCAACAAAGGGCUGAUCAUCAGAAUCUGGAAUCCAAGGUGGACACGCUAGAUUCUAAGGUGGACACUCUCAAUGACAAAUUCGACAUCAUCAUAGCCCUCCUCAAGAAACCCUAG